AUGGCGAAGAGACCGAGCCUUUAUGCUAUUCUUUGCAGCGCCGCAGCAUUUCAUAAUUGGGCCCAGUUCUAUGGGGUAAUCUUGAAGGGUGAUUCCAUUCUCACAAUUACUUCAAAGUCAUUGAUUACUCGCCGCUUCCCAUCUGUCUGGAUCAUCAGCUUCGACCAUGUUGCGCCUAGUCAUAUACCAGACUAUACCAGCCGGAUCUUCAGCUACCCAGACGGGCAAAGAGGUGGCACAUGGACCGUCAGGGCUGAAAGCUUUCCAAACCCCGAGGCAAUUGAACCAUCUCUCGAUUCGAUGCACAAGGCGCAUUAG